GCUAACCCCAGUUUUCCGCCAGUCGGGAAUCCGCGCUCGUCCAAGGGCCAGAUGAUGGAGGAGCGUGCCAACCUGAUGCACAUGAUGAAACUCAGCAUCAAGGUCUUGCUCCAGUCUGCCCUGAGCCUGGGCCGCAGCCUGGAUGCGGACCAUGCUCCCUUGCAGCAGUUUUUUGUAGUGAUGGAGCACUGCCUCAAACAUGGGCUUAAAGUUAAGAAGAGUUUUAUUGGCCAAAAUAAAUCUUUCUUUGGUCCUUUGGAGCUGGUGGAGAAACUUUGCCCAGAAUCAUCAGAUAUAGCCACUAGUGUCAGAAAUCUGCCAGAACUAAAGACAGCUGUGGGAAGAGGCAGAGCUUGGCUUUAUCUUGCUCUCAUGCAAAAGAAACUGGCAGAUUAUCUGAAAGCGCUUAUAGACAAUAAACAUCUCUUAAGUGAGUUCUAUGAGCCUGAGGCAUUAAUGAUGGAGGAAGAAGGGAUGGUGAUUGUUGGUCUACUGGUGGGACUCAAUGUUCUUGAUGCCAAUCUCUGCUUAAAAGGAGAAGACUUGGAUUCUCAGGUUGGAGUGAUCGAUUUUUCUCUCUACCUUAAAGAUGUUCAGGAUCUUGAUGGUGGCAAAGAGCACGAAAGAAUCACUGAUGUUCUUGAUCAAAAAAAUUAUGUGGAAGAACUUAAUCGCCACUUAAGCUGCACAGUUGGGGAUCUUCAAACCAAGAUAGAUGGCUUGGAAAAGACGAAUUCAAAGCUUCAAGAAGAGCUUUCUGCUGCAACAGACCGGAUUUGUUCACUUCAAGAAGAACAGCAACAAUUAAGAGAACAAAAUGAAUUAAUUCGUGAAAGAAGUGAAAAGAGUGUCGAGAUAACAAAACAGGACACAAAAGUUGAGCUGGAGACUUAUAAGCAAACCCGUCAGGGCCUAGAUGAAAUGUAUAGUGAUGUGUGGAAGCAGCUAAAAGAGGAGAAGAAAAUUCGUUUGGAACUAGAAAAAGAACUGGAGCUACAAAUUGGGUUGAAAACUGAGAUGGAAAUUGCAAUGAAGUUACUAGAAAAGGACACCCAUGAGAAGCAGGACACACUAGUUGCCCUCCGCCAGCAGCUGGAAGAAGUCAAAGCGAUUAAUCUACAGAUGUUUCACAAAGUUCAGACUGCAGAGAGUAGCUUACAGCAGAAGAAUGAUGCUAUCACGUCUUUUGAAGAGAAAAACAAUCAGGCUAUGUCCAGUAUGAAACAAAUGGAAGAAAGGUUACAGCUCUCUGAGAGGGCAAGACAGGGGGCAGAGGAGCGGAGCCACCGGCUGCAGCAGGAGCUGAGCGGGAGAACUGACGCGCUGCAGGGGCAGCUCUCCCAGCUGCGUGACCAGUGCUUAAGUCUAGAGAAGGAGUUGAAAUCAGAAAAAGAACAGAGACAGAUUCUACAGCGAGAAUUGCAGCAUGAAAAGGAUACCUCCUCUCUGCUCCGAACAGAGCUGCAACAAGUAGAAGGAUUAAAAAAGGAGCUGCGGGAGCUGCAGGAUGAGAAGGCAGAGUUACAGAAGGUUUGUGAUGAGCAGGAACAAGCCCUCCAGGAAAUGGGACUGCACCUCAGCCAAUCGAAGCUGAAGAUGGAAGACAUAAAAGAAGUAAAUAAAGCACUGAAGGGACAUACUUGGCUGAAAGAUGAUGAAGCAACACACUGUAAACAGUGCGAAAAGGAAUUCUCCAUCUCCCGGAGAAAGCACCACUGCCGCAACUGUGGCCACAUCUUCUGCAACAACUGCUCCAGCAACGAGCUGGCCCUGCCUUCCUACCCCAAGCCCGUGCGCGUGUGCGACAGCUGCCACACCCUGCUGCUGCAGAGCUGCUCCUCCACGGGCUCCUAGGAGGGCACCCUGACGGCCGUGCCACCUGGUGCGAACCUGCUUUGGGGGUGAGGCGGGGCUCCGGCAGCCCUGAACCAGUGCCAAACUCUGGGUCUCUGGGAACUGAAGGCUUGCAAGAAGUUUGUCCCAGAGACGCAAAGAGUAAGAAUAAAACCUUGGCCAGGGCUGCAGCCACUGGAACGGCAUGUGGGACUGGAAACUGCGUGCCCUUUCUGAAUUAUACAAUUCCUUUGAAUUCAAGCUUAAUACACUCCUUCCUCCUUCAACGGCUUUGGUUUGGAAUAGAUAAAACUUCAUGAUUUUGCUGA